GACAAUAUCCUCUGUUCACUCACUUAUACGUAUAUGUUGGCAUUUGAUAUUUAAUGGUGCUCCACAUUCAGCGCAUGUGCAGUCUGUGGCUAUAGUUUGUCUGAUGAAGACGUGUAUCUCUCUUCUUGGAAGACCGUAGGAUUUAAUUACAAAGCAUUUAUUCACGUUCUCUGCGAUUAAACCUCCAUUUGAGAGUCACGUGACUGUUACCAAGAUGCAGAAGAUCCCAGCGUUGAUUCUGGGCCUUUUUUUCGUCUUCUCCGUGGCCCAGGGGAAGCCUUUAGACUGGACAGAAAUCUUAACGCCUAUUUUCGGCUUGGCCAGGAGUGCGUUGUAUACCGAGGGAGACAUGGAACUCCUGGACCAUUACUGCGUAUACAAGAGGACUGGGUACUUCUACAAGUGGGAGUUGCACUACAAAGCAGAAGUGAGGUGCCCAGGCUGGACCAAGAUCAUCGGCAAAGCAAAGAACCACCUGAACCCAACGUCUGCCGAGAGAGAUGCUACGGAGGACUUUGUUCGGAAAGUGGUCGCUGCAGGUUUAGUGACGGAGGAAGAGGCACUGCCCUGGCUAAUGUGAGGGCAUCACCCAUUACGGGCUGCUGAAGAGCAAGAGCCCGUGCCAGCAUAAGGGGCUGGCUUAAUCUGUCAUCACAUCACCCGCACGCCAUCAGUUGUGGCAGAAAUGAGAAUGUGGGCUAAGAAGAAUUUUAUUUUAUUAGCAUGACUUAUGGAAUAGAUAAAAAAGCCUCGUUUGUGUCCAUGUAUUAUUGUUCAAUGGUUAGAUUUCCACUUGCUAAUUGUUAAUUUUACAGAGCCUAUUCGAUUUCUUCUGUUAGAAUGGUCUUGUUAAAAUGUAGAUUACUACAGGUGACUUGCAGUCAGUUGUACCUGGAAAAUAGUCACAGUAAACCAUAGUAUUUAAACAAAUAUCUGUUUCCCACAAUUGCUGGUUUUCUAUACCAAGCUCAAUUUUCGUUUUACAGGAAACAGUAGAAAAUUUAUGAGUAACUGCUAUUUGCUGAAAAAAAAGAAGAUAAAACAAAACUCCUUUGUU